CAGGACAGCGGCGCCCAGGACGUGAAGGUCCAGCCUCGCAGCCGCCACCUCUGACUCUCCCUGAGUGAAUGGACCACGUGAGCCUGCACCCCGGUUUCUAAUUGCUCAGCUGACCUUGACAACCAAAAAAACUACCCGAAGAACCCAGACUGAGGCCCCCUCAUGGAUGAGGCAAAUGGGACAUCAUUUGUUGCUGAGGAGUCCUCCAACGCCUCAACCAGCGGGAACACCUCCGUCAGGGACCCGCGCCGGGAAAUUCCCAUCGUGCACUGGGUGAUCAUGAGCAUCUCCCCGCUGGGCUUUGUUGAGAACGGAAUCCUCCUUUGGUUCCUCUGCUUCCGGAUGAGAAGAAACCCCUUCACCGUCUAUAUCACCCACUUGUCCGUCGCGGACAUCUCGUUGCUCUUUUGCAUCUUUAUUCUGUCUGUCGACUAUGCUUUAGAUUACGAGCUGUCUUCUGGCUAUUACUACACAAUUGUCACGUUGUCGGUGACGUUUCUCUUUGGCUACAACACGGGCCUGUACCUGCUGACGGCCAUCAGCGUGGAGAGGUGCCUGUCUGUCCUGUAUCCCAUCUGGUACCGGUGCCACCGCCCCAAGCACCAGUCAGCGUUCGUCUGCGCCCUCCUGUGGGCACUCUCCUGCUUGGUGACCACCAUGGAAUAUGUCAUGUGCAUUGACAAUGAGGGACAGACCCACUCCCGGAGUGACUGCAGGGCCGUGAUCAUCUUCAUAGCCGUUCUGAGCUUCCUGGUCUUUACUCCCCUCAUGGUGGUGUCCAGCACCAUCUUGGUGGUGAAGAUCCGGAAGAACUCGUGGGCGUCCCACUCCUCGAAGCUGUACCUGGUCAUCACGGUCACCAUCACCAUCUUCUUCAUCUUCGCCAUGCCCAUGAGGCUCCUCUACCUGCUCUACUACGAGGACUGGUCGACGUUCAGGAACUUACACCAUGUCUCUCUUCUCUUCUCUACCAUCAACAGCAGCGCCAACCCUUUUAUUUACUUCUUCGUGGGCAGCAGCAGGAAGAAGCGGUUCAAGGAGUCCUUGAAAGUGGUUCUGACCAGGGCUUUCAAAGAUGAGAUGCAACCCAGGCAUCCAGAAGACCACACGGCCACCGCGGCAACCGAGACUGUUGUCUGACCGGUGGAAGGAGAUUGUGGACCAAACAGUGGGACGAAGAUGAGCCGCAGUUUGUACUUGGGAAUGCAACUGAAUACCCCCUCAAUAUGAUACAGAAGGACACCCUACCCCACAUGCAUGAGAUGCGAGUUAAUGCUGAGAUUGUACUCUUGUGCUGUACCUUCUGGAAAUGCCUGAAUACGUGUCGAAACUUCAUUCUUUCUGUAACUUCCAAAAAAUUCCUUCUGUUCCUCUUCAGCUCUCCUGGAAGCAUUUCCCCAUGAACUAUAAAGAUUACUCCAGCAGGAAGGUUUAUGGGUGUGUACAGGCAAAGGCACAAGUAUUUGAUGAACCUUGAAAAAGUAAAGCCAUAUUGUAGGAAGAACGUGAGUUUUGGAAUCAGACUGACUCUGUCCUUUGCUGCUGGUUUGACCUCAGUUUUAACCCCCAGGGACCUCAUUUCCUCAGUAUAAAAUGGUAACAGUAGUAGUCCAUACCUCCCGGGCCUGUGGUGAAGGUGACACCGGAAGAUGAGGUGUGCAAAGGGUCUGGUACACGUCAGUGUUGAGAAACAUCCCUCUCUGUGACUCUUUGAAGUGGAAGAAGAAAUACACAUUUCUGUUUUGUAAAGUGUGCACACACGUCUGGUACACGUCAGUGUUGAGAAACAUCCCUCUCUGUGACUCUUUGAAGUGGAAGAAGAAAUACACAUUUCUGUUUUGUAAAGUGUGCACACACUCCCACACACACAGCUCUGUCAUGUGCAAAUAAUUGUUACAUGUUUUUAAAUGAUGAAUGUAAUUUACAAAGGUCUCUGUCUGUUUGCUGCACGAGAACUCUUUGUGGGAUGCCACCAUCUGGGAUGUUAGGACCCCCAACCGCCCUGUGCUGGGGCAUCAUUUCGGGUUGGGAGGGAAAGCAUUUGGCCACCAGCACAGGAGUUCCUUGCGGCUUCCCUUCCCUCUCUGGGAAUGCCUCAUGUAAUGAGAGUCUGUUUUGAAAUCCUUUGCUUGAUAUAAAUGUU